GUUUUCAUUGGACAGUAUUGGAGAGAUCCCAGAUUAGCUUGGACCAGAGAAGACUAUGGUAAUAUAGGUUUUAUCUUCGCAACAGAAUCGGAUGUAUGGAGACCAGCCUUAAUUGUCGCCAACUCAGUCGACAACCUCGGAAUAAUCCAAGAUGCCUACACCCCAUUUCGUAUCACCAGUCAGGGCGGCAUCGUGUGGGAACCUCCAGGUAUCUACGAGGUUCACUGUGUAGCUGAUAUCAGUUAUUAUCCGUUUGAUGAACAAGAAUGUCAUAUCGUGGUCUCGAGCUGGGGGUAUAACUUGCUGGAGGUUAAUGUUACAUACACUGGUUCUGGUAUCAAUCUGGAUGAAUUUAAAACAAAUGGCGAAUGGGACCUGACCGAGAUAAAGACAUUACGCGAAGACAACGUCGAUUCUAAAGGGGACCAGUACGGACGAGUCAAAUUCUUCUUUAAGCUGAAACGGAAGUCGGAAUACUAUUGGCUGAACGUGUUACUUCCGGUUAUCAUCAACUCUGUACUGACAGCUCUGGUGUUCGCUCUGCCAGCAGAAUCUGGUGAAAAGAUGGGAUAUUCGCUUACAGUGCUGUUAUCUUUCGCUGUCUUACUGACUCUGAUUGCAGACAAGAUUCCUUCUACAUCUAUCAAUACAUCAUUAAUAGGUAAGUGA